AUGGGUGAUUACGAUGAUGAUAAACAAGUUGAUGAUCGUCUCUGGAUACAACGCCGAAGAGGUUCAUUGAUUUUGAAUAGAAAGAAGCUGGAUGGCACAUGCACAAACACAGGCAACUACUUUCGUGGAAAACACAACGACAACGACGACGAUUUCAUCCAGCCAUUGAGGAAAUCCCUAAUAGAGAGGAAUGGAAAAGUUGCUAGAUGCAUCAAUGGUGAGAAGGGACGCGACGAUGAAACAAAAGCUGAUCAAGUAGGCGAGGAAGACAAUCGUGCCGAGCUGGACGAACGAUCAAACGAACAGUUCCAGACAAAAGCCCUAAUAACUGAAGCAUUCAUUAAAGGCUCUGGAUACAGCAGAUUUCCUCCUUCCCUUCCAAAGCAAGAUCCUGGCGCCAGAUCCGAAGAAAAACGAGCACCUUCUCUGUUUGGCUUUUCGGCAUACAUUGACUGUUAUUGGCAUGCUCUGUUGCGUGCGUCAUUUGUCGAUGUCGUUUUGGUGCACAGGAAGAGAGGGAGGUAUACGCCAAAGCUUACCGAUUAUCGAAAGGAAGCAAAACUACUUAAAAAACAAAACAUUCGCUUUUGCGCAAUCGACGUCAACACCCGCUUCCUGGAGGCACUUGCAGGUAUCCAUGAAUCGUGUCGUUGCAUCAUUAUGGAGAUCACUUUGACAUUUAAUCAAUGCUGCUUCUGCCUCUCUCGUUGGUUGCUCCAACAGACACCUGAAAUUGUCGAUCAGGAUCAUAAUUAUUUAAAACCCAUGAAAAUACCUGCAAUUAUUCAGUCAAAAUCGCCUAGGUUGCCCGUUGACGUACAGCUGACUGUACAUCUGUAA